AUGGCCCCGCGCGGCGGCGGCACCGCCGCCGCCGCCGUCGCCGGCAGCUCCAGCUCCAGCUCCAGCUCCGCGGCGGCGGCGGCGGCGGUGCGGCGCGACCUCCUCUUCCAGAGCUACGCCCGCUUCCACGAGGCGCGCCUCUCGGCGCCGGGCAGCCGCGGUCGGCGGCCGCCGGGCGACGCCGCCGACCUCCGGCGGGACGCGCAGGCCCUGCUGGCCUCGCCGGAGCACGCCGGCGGCCCCGGCGGCCCCGGCGGCUCCGGCGGCCCCGGCGGCUCCGGCGGCUCCGGCCCGACGUUCGGCCGCGUGGACGUCUACCGCCUCGUCGAGGGCUCGCAGCGCCGGCCGGGCCCUCCCGGGCUGGGCGCGAUCGCCCGCUGCCUCGGCUGGUUCGAGGCGGUGAGCCUCCACGUGUUCCUCUACCCCUGGAAGAAGGAGUUUCGGCAGAUCAAGGCCUACUCUGGGCCAUUCGUCUACUGGGUUCGCGGCGUCCUGCGCAAAGACGACACCGAGCGCAUCCUCCAGCUGCUCGGCUUCAACCGCUGCCCGCCGGAGAGCGGCGACGCCGGCGCCGACAGCACCGGCGCCGCCGUCGCCUACGAACGGCGCGGCCGCUCCCAGCCCGACGUCGCCCUGGCCGUCGCCUUCGACCUCUUCCUCGCCGCCGCCGAGUGCCGCCUCAUGGAGGAGAUGGUGACUCGCGCCGGUGCCCUCCGCCUCCCGCUAGGCCACGUGGUGCGCGAGCGCCGGCGCGGCACGCGCGGCGGCCUGGAGGCGCAGGUCGCCGCGCUCGCUCAGGCGGCGGCGACCGCGGAGACGGCGAACGGCGACGCCGGCAAAGCGGCCGCCGCCGCCGCCGACGGUUACGGCGACGGCGGCCACGGCGGGGAACUGAGUUUCCUCGGAGCGGCGUUUUCGGGGCAGGCCGCGGAAGCGCCGGAGAUCCUGCCGGCGGUGCUGAGCAGCGGCGACCGCGCUUCGUGGGAGCGCGACGACGCCGCCAUCGCGGCCGCGUUGGCGCAGAACGACGACGACGACGACGGCGGUGGAGGCGGCGGCGGCGGCGGCGGCGGCGGCGGCGCGGCCGACCGCGACGAAACCAUCCUCCGGCCGACGCCGUCGCUCAUGCGCAUGAGCAGCUCGCCGAGCGACCGCACGGACUUUCGCGGUCGAAUCCAGGCCGGCGCCAACGUUUCGGGGACGGGGGCCGAGAUGGCGGCACGCCAACCAGCGCCCCCCUCUCACCACCACCACCAGCAGCAGCAGCAGCAGCAGAGCGCGUCCAUGCGCGGCAACCAACGCCGUGCCACGAACCCCAUGGUCUCGUCGGACUCCGGCGCCGGCGGCGUCAGCAGGAGCCGUGGCGAUGUUGGCGCCGCGACGUUCGACGUUUGCUACCGGUGCCCCGAUACCGCGCUGGAGAAGUGCCGCUACUGCCAGUGCUCGUUGUGCGAGUCGUGCAAGCGGUUGCACGCGUGCACGGGAGCAGACGACGGCGCGUCGCCAAAACUGCGGCGCUCCGAGUCCAGCAUCAAGAACCAGCAGCAACAGGGGGUGACGGCGGCGGUGCCGGCAAAACCGUCGCUUGCGACGAGCCACUGCGGCUUCUGCGGAGACGCGAACGGCGCCCUCAGCUGCCGCUCGUGCCAGAAGGUGACGUGCCAGGAUUGCUGCCUGCAUUACCGCGAGCUCUGCCUCGGCGUCGGCGAUGGGCGCCAGCACGCCUUCGUGCCCAUUGGCUCCACCGGGCACGGGCAGCAGCAGCAGCAGCAGCCUUUCCGCGGCAGCAGGAGGUGAAAGUUCCAUGCGGAAUGGAUGGCCCCGAUGUUGUCCGGACCGCCGUGCCCUCCCGUCCGGACCGCUGGGCCCUCUUGUCGGGCUCGUCGAGUCCUUUCUUCUAGACCACUGAGCCCUCCUGUCUGGACCGCGGGGUCCUCCUCUCCCGCUCCUCUCUCUCUCUCCCCGUACAUUGCAUCCUCGACUCGACUCACCUUCCCGUGCUGUGGUGGUGGUGGUGCCAGGUGUUAAAGGUUUUAUCGCUUAUAUAUUCGUGGGUUAUCAAGUUUUUCCAGCCGGACACCCAAGGAACAGUGCACAGUUUCUAUUAUAAAGCUCAGCGCAGCCUGCUUUGAAAGUGCUGGCAACAUUAACUCCAUUGAGACGUCAUCCGUGGACGUUGUCCGUUGUCCGUUGUUGUGUGCCUUGCGUGUAGCGGUGGAUCCCCAGUGUUGUUUUGCCAAAAUUCGUUAAAUUGACCGCAGUGGGAAGAUUUUUUUGGGGGGGAUUGUUAUUUACUCCAGAAAUGGAGACGGAACAUUCCUGGAAAUGAUGUUUUGUCUAAAAAUGUCUUCGCUCUUCCCCUGUUCUGCAUGGAUUUCCUCCGGGUUCUGCCUGUUUCCUCACCUCGUAAUACAACAACAAAAAAACCUGGCAAAAUGUAACUGGUAUUGGCCAAAAAACAUCACAUUCCACCUAAUUCUGCCUUUAUUAUGAAUAAUUCUGCCUUACCUACCCCGGCAACACCAGCUCCAUUCCCAGCCCCUGUUCCUUUCAUUCAUUCCGUUACCUCCCUCCGGCGGCUUAUAUAAAUCCAAAAUAGCAUAGAAUACAAAUAAUUUCUGCACCCGAUCUUGACAGAUUUCGGAAGUGUAAGCAGGAUUGAACCUGGAUAGCACCUGCAUGGGUGACCACGAGUGUUUCUGUGAUUCCACAAUCUAAGGGGAUACCACGGUGGCGAGGAGAUGUUAACUACCUCGCUUGGUAUACAGGAGGUCGUGGGUUCGAUCCUGACCCCGACGCCUGUAUACAGGGUGCUUCAAAAAAUGUUAACACUCACAUGGUACUAU